CACCCUGCCAUUCUGUCAGUGUGCUCAUUCAAAAUAUGCUCAGAAGCUCCUGACUGAUUUAAUGACCAACUACACACGUGUGCUGAGGCCGGUGGAGGACACAAAUACCAUCCUGAAUGUGACUCUGCAGGUUACACUGUCACAAAUUAUCGACAUGGAUGAGCGAAAUCAAAUCUUAACUGCAUAUCUGUGGAUAAGGCAGGUGUGGUUUGAUGCUCACCUCAAAUGGAAUAAAGAGGAUUAUGAUGGCCUAGAUACUAUCCGCAUACCUGGUAGUAAUGUAUGGAGACCUGAUAUAGUCUUAUACAACAGUGCAGACAACCAUUUCACUGGCCCCAUGGACACCAAUGUAGUGAUCCGACACGACGGCCAGAUGAUGUGGGAUUCGCCGGCCAUCACCAAGAGUUCGUGCCGAGUCGACGUGUCUUUCUUCCCCUUCGACGGUCAGCAGUGCAGGUUCACUUACGGUUCUUGGACCUACAACGGCAACCAGCUCGACAUCCAGAACGCCAUGGAAAGCGCCGACCUGGCCGACCUGGUGGAAAACGUGGAGUGGGAGGUGCUCGGUAUGCCAGCCAGGAGGAACAUUGUUCUGUACGGCUGCUGCGCUGACCCCUACCCGGAUGUGACCUACACGCUAAAACUCCAACGAAGAGCUUCCUUCUAUGUUUUCAACCUGCUCAUCCCCUGUGUGAUGAUUUCUUUUCUGGCUCCACUUGGCUUCUACCUGCCAGCUGAUUCAGGAGAAAAGGUUUCUUUAGGUGUGACUGUGAUGCUGGCACUCACUGUCUUUCAGCUGUUGGUUGCAGAGAUCAUGCCACCAUCUGAGAAUGUACCACUUAUUGGAAAGUAUUACAUCGCAACAAUGACCAUGAUCACAGCAUCUACGGCUUUGACCAUCUUCAUCAUGAACAUUCAUCACUGUGGCCCGGAUGCCAAACCUGUUCCAAAAUGGGCCAAAAUCGUCAUCCUGCAGUACAUGGCCAGGAUGUUCUUUGUGUAUGAAGUUGGGGAGAAUUGCAUGUCAGCUCAGAUAGAGAAACAACAACGUCCCUUUGGAAACAACACCAACCGCACCAUGAACGGUCAGGCAGGACCAGGCAGAGAGGACUUCAAAACGGAAUGUACACAAGAGACCAUGCGCCCCGUCAUCCCAGAGGAGAGGAGGGAUACGGAUCAAAUUAUGAGUCCAACAGACUCAGCUGAAGGGAAGGAGAGCAACCACUGCAGCGCUCAGAACAACGGUGUCUUUAUAAGCAUGGGCUGUGAGGGUUCAGGGGGUCUGAAGAGAAGCAGGAAAGGAGGCGUGAGUGAAGGAGUGAAAAAAGACGGAGAUGUUUCCUGCACCCCUGGCAGCACUAAUGUGGUGCUGUUGCAGAAUGUUGAGUACAUUGCUAAUUGUUACAGAGAUCAGAGGGCCACGCAGAAGAAAAUCGGAGAGUGGAAGAAAGUAGCCAAAGUGCUGGACCGCUUUUUCAUGUGGAUAUUUUUCAUAAUGGUGUUUUUUAUGAGUCUUCUCAUCAUGGGCAAAGCCAUCUAGGCUGUGUCUCAAUUCAGGGGCUGCGUCCUUUGAAGUUUGCAUUUGUCAGCCCCUUAUGUCACCGCCCUGCGCCAAAGGCUGUCCCAAUUCUUGGGCUGCUCCUCAUGUGGCCAGCAAAACCCCUAAAAUGAAGGCUGCAUCUGAGCAUCUUUACCAGCCGAGGAAAUCCCAGCAUUCAUUGCGUUGUCAACAAACAAGAAGUCAGCAGAAUUUUUCUUUUUCUUUUCAUUUUCUUUCUUUUGUUUUUACCAAGUCGGCAGAGUUUGGAAAUUCUUUUUUUUU